AUGGCGCAAAAGGCAAAGAAGGACCGGGCCAAGUCCAAUGCGGCCACGCUGACGAACCUGCACCUGGGCUCGCUUGUUGUCAACGUCGCGUUUUUGCUGUUCUACCUCGUCUUCCGGUCCCGGUCGCUCGUCGCCUACGUCGUCGUGUCCCUGCCGAGCUUCCUGUGCCAGUUCAUGCUGGAGCGCACGGGCCGGCCGCGCUACGAUGCGCAGACGGGUGCGCUGCGCUCGUCGGGCGAGGACCUCGCGGCGGCGGGCCUGACGGAGUACAUGUUCGACGUGGUCUGGGUCACGUGGGGCGUGUCCGUGCUGGUGAUCCUGUUUGGCAACAAGCUGUGGUUCCUGUGGGCGAUUGUGCCUGCGUACGGCGCCUACAAGGGCUACGGCCUGCUGGGCUCGGCCCGCCAGAUGGCGGCUAUGCAGGGUAUGGGCGGCGGCGAUGCUGGCGCUGGUGCGGCGCCCGCGCCCAACCGGAGACAACGGCGUGCAGCCUAA